AUGGACCAACAAGUGGAUAUUGCACCAUCUGAGCUGGGAACAAAGAAUUAGUAUCAAAUCUUUGCUGUGCGCACUGUUGGUUUAGAUGAGCAUUUUAAUAAGUUUAGCUGGGAUUCAAGGUACGAACUCGAACUGUGCAAUUUUGAAGAAUGUGGUGAUGAAGGUGAAAUAUGGAUGGCUGACUAUUUGAAAGCGAAUAUAUCAAGUUCGGCGAGCAUCCUUGAUAUAGGUUGCGGAAACGGAUCCAUCUUACGAAGAUUG